AUGGGUGAUACGGUCGUUAUCACUGGGGCCAAUGGCUCACUGGCCCUUGGAUUUGUGGAUUCAUUUCUCGCACGUUAUCCUCAACAUACCUUGAUUGCAACUGUGCGCAAUCCGUCGCCCGAAACAGACCCCAAUACAGCCAAGCUCAUGCAGUUGAUUUCUGAUCACUCGAGCUCCAAAGUCUUGAUCGAGACUCUUGAUCUUGGGAGCCUUGCCAGUGUACGUCUCUUUGCAGAGAAACUCAAUGCCCGGAUAUCCUCGAGAGAGCUUCCACGUAUCUCAGCCAUCGUUUGUAAUGCCGCCACACUAUCGCUCGAGGCCGGACAGAAGUUCACAUCUGAUGGCUAUGAGGCCACCUUUCAAGUCUGCCACCUAUCACAUUACCUCCUGGUAUUGAAGCUGCUUGAAAGCAUGAAUUUUGCAUCUGGACGCAUCGUCAUGCUCGGCUCCAUCACGCACUAUCCAGAGAAGCCAAACCCUUUCUCUUCACUCAGAGCGGGCAUUCCUGAAAACAUCGAAGACCUUGUCAAGCCAUCCCCGGACCCUUUAUCACUAGUCCACGAUGGAGGAUUCCAGAGAUACGGCACCGCCAAGCUUGCGAAUGUGAUAUUUGCGGAGGACCUGAACAAACGACUUCAAAAGGACCCCAAGCUAUCAAAUAUGACUACACUGGCCAUGGACCCAGGAGGUCUCCCGGCAUCAAGGGCUCAAGCAGAACAGAAAAGCUCUACUAGAUUAAUUUUUGCCACUGUCAACUUCCUCAUGCCGGUUCUGAAGCACCUUACCUCGGCAGUUCGUACAACGGAAGAUGCCGGCCGGGACCUACUCGCCGUGAGCAUUGAUCCCGCCUUUCAAGGAAAAAGUGGCUAUUAUGUUGGUCAAAAGGGUGAAGUUGCAGCGGCGGCCAGCAAAGACGAGAAAUUACAGAAGAGACUCUGGGAAGCAUGCUGCAGGUGGGCUGCUCUUCGACCUGAUGAGACAGUUCUCCAAAAUGCCACUCUUUAA